CAAAGUGAAUCUCUUGGUUUACUUCCUGCACAUGUGCUCCGUGUGAUGAGAAAAUCCGCAUGUAGUUAAUUUUUUUGGGGGGUGUAAACGAUCUAACGCUUUGAAAGUUCAUCGAAAAUUGAAUUGGAUCACUUAUCAUCAUGGGCCCGGCUUCCAAAAAGAACAGAAAAAGGAAGCCCAGCUUCCGGAAACUGCUGAAAACCAGCAAUAUGAAGCUAGAAAACAAACAGACGAAUCGGCAGUUUAAGCAGCAGAGCUCAGCUAAGAAACAUCGCAAAGAACAGAGGAAACUACGACAAGCCAUCACAGAUGUCACCCAUCAGACAUUCAAGCCUCUGGAGCGCUAUAAAACCAAACCAGUUGGGGAGGAGGAAGAGGAGGAGGAAGAGUUCCUCGAGUCUCUGCCUGUAGAUAUGUUGGAGGAGAAUGACCUGGAACAGAUCAAAGCAAUGGCACAGAAAGCUUCAUUUCUGACACGAGACCUCUCCUCAUGCGCUCCAGUGCAUGCUAAAAAGCGCAAGUCCGAUCAGCCGGUGGAGACGUAUGAGAAGAUGCCCAGGAAAAUGCAGCAAAAGGAGGAGAAAGAGCUCAUUCACCUGCUGCCCAUCAAAGACAAGAGAGGCCUGAUCCCUCAGACCAUGGAGAAACCUGUUGUGCCAGAGGCAGAAGAAGAGGAGGAAACAAAGGAUCAGGAUGAGUUGGAGCAACAGGAGGAACCUGCGAGCACUCCAUCAUUAACCCCUCAAGAGCAGAUAGAGCUGCGCACACAGAAACUGAUGGAGAGGAAGUUACAAAUCGCAAGUCUAGCAUCAGCAGUACUAGCAGAUCCACAUGCUAAUAUCAAGAAGUUGAAGGAGAUGAGGGCCAUGUUAAUGGAAACAGACCCGUGUGUCGCCGUCACUGUCAGGAAGUUAGUCAUGGUCUCCCUCAUGGAGGUGUUUAAGGACAUUGUGCCAUCGUACCGAAUCCGCCCCCUGACGGAAGCUGAGAAGGCCACAAAGGUGAAGAAAGAGACGCAGCAGCUGAGAGAGUUUGAAGAGGGGCUUGUCAGCCAGUACAAAUUCUACUUGGAGAAUCUGGAACAGACUGUCAAAGACUGGAAGCAGAAGAAGCAAAAGGGCAGUCAAGCCGUGUCUCUGCAGUGUUAUAAAGGUCUUGCUGAAGUGGCCAUCAGGUGCAUCUGUGAGCUGCUGGUCGCCUUGCCACACUUUAACUUCCACAACAACAUUAUAGUCAUGGUAGUGCCUCUGAUGAACGACCCCAUCAGGAAGGUGUCCGAGAUGUGUUGUGAAGCGGUCAGGAAACUGCUGAAACAGGAUAAACUGGGUCAGGCUUCAUUAGCAGCGGUGAAAGUUAUCUCGGGUAUGGUCAAGAGCAGGAACUAUGACGUGAAACCAGAGGUGCUGAAGACUCUCCUCUGUCUGAGGAUAAAAGAAGUAGACAUGAAGAAAGAUACUGAAGAUACUGCGCCCAAAAAGAAGUUCAUGACAUUCAAAGAGAAGAGGAAAAAUCUGUCCAGGAUGCAGCGGAAGUGGAAGAAAGCCGAGGAGAAGCUGCAGAAAGAACUUCUAGAAACUGAGGCUUCAGAAAGCAAAGACAAGAAAAUUAAAAUGCAUACAGAGACGCUAAACAUCGUGUUCCUCAUCUACUUCAGAAUACUGAAGAAAGCUCAGAAAUCCAUCUUACUGCCCUCUGUUUUAGAAGGCCUGGCAAAGUUUGCUCAUCUGAUCAAUCUGGAAUUCUUUGAUGAUUUGUUAACGGUGCUUCACAACCUCGUCAUGUCGGGUGAUUUAACGUAUCGUGAGAGUCUUCAUUGCAUUCUCACAUCCUUCCACAUCCUCUCAGGACAAGGUGACGUCCUCAACAUCGACCCUUUAAAAUUCUACAGCCACUUGUACAAAACACUGCUGACGUUGCAUGCAGGAGGUGCAAAUGAGGACAGUGCAAUCGUGCUGCAGUGCCUGGAUGUGAUGCUGACCAAGCGCAGGAAGCAGGUCACCCUGCAGAGGGCGCUGGCCUUUGUUAAAAGACUGAGCACGCUCAGUCUUCACGUGCUGCCUGACUCUUCCGUGGGCAUCCUGGCAGCCAAUAGGACAUUGAUGCAUACCUUCCCGAAGUGUGAUAUCCUAUUGGAUAAUGAGAUGCUGGGCAGUGGUGUGUAUCUCCCAGAGCUAGAUGAGCCAGAGUACUGUAACCCCCAGAACACCUCACUGUGGGAGCUUCACUUACUGAAGAGACACUAUCACCCCAUGGUGAGGAAGUACGCUGCUCAUCUGAUGGUUGGAGCCCCCAGUGAAGGCUCAGGUGCUCUCAACAUGGAGCUCAGCAGAAGGACUCCAGUGCAGCUGUUUGAAGACUAUAGUGUUAAAGACAUGACAUUCAAUCCACCUGUUGCAGGACCUCCCUCCAAGAAAAAGGAACGUUUAAUAAUAGGCCAUGCAUUUUUGGAUUCUGACCUGAAAAGACUUACUGAUGCAGCUCUUCAAACAGACAGUAAAGAGACAAGUCUAGACUUUACAUGUCAUACACAGGACAUACAGUAAUGACAUUGAGGUGCAAGUUAGAAUGUACACAAGUGUGUUGUGAAUGUUUUCAACACUAUUUAUUGAUGAGAGCAGUUUCAAGUAAACUGUGAUAUUGACAUCACAAGAUUGACAAUACAUUCCUAUUUUACAAGUGCUGAAAACCAUCAAUGCAAAGAGACAGUUCUAGAUUAAUGUACUUCUUUGAAACUCGAUUGUUCAAAGGAAAUAUACAUUGAAAGGAUAUGAAUGCUGUAGUGUACCACACAAUAAAAUACACUUCAUGGGAGUCUA